AUGUCGAGGGUGGCAUCAGCACUUCAACCUCUGCGCCAGACGCGCAGCUCCACCAUUGUCGGCACAAUAGCAGUUGCCGGGCUGGGUGUUGCUCUUUAUGCGCGUACAAUGAUGGAUACUGCCCACGCCGACUCAGGUGCACCCAAGAAACUCUUUGCUGGAAUGGCCAUGACGUCCUUGCCAGUAGCCAGUAGCGAGACCGUCAACCACAAUACAAAGCGUCUACGCUUUCAACUCCCGGAGAAUACCGUUUCAGGAUUCCCCAUCACGUCCGCGGUCUUGACACUUUCGUGGCCAAAGGGUCAAUGGACACCCGUAUUAAGACCUUACACUCCAAUAAAUUCUCCAGACGAUCCGGAAGUGCUGGAGCUCAUGGUGAAGCAUUAUCCCGGAGGCAAAGCCAGUACACAUCUACACUCGUUGUCACCAGGCGACAAGCUGUUCUUUGUCACACGAAUUCCCGGGUUUUCCUAUAAACCCAACCAGUUCCCACAAGUGACCCUUAUUGCCGGUGGCGCAGGGAUAACGCCGAUCUAUCAGUUAGCCUCUGGCAUCCUACAAAAUCCCGAGGACAAAACCAGGAUCGACUUGAUCUUUGGUGUCAACUCCGACGCGGAUGUACUGAUGAAAGAGGAGUUCGAGGCGUGGGAGAAGCAAUUUCCGGACCGCUUCAAGGCAAACUAUGUCGUCAGCAAGCCCAAUGACGGCUCACCUUACGACAAAGGCUAUGUGACGAAAGAACUAUUGGCGAAGGUGUCGAGGACUCCUUCGAAAGAAAGUAAAGUCUUCGUAUGCGGCCCACCUGCCAUGGAGACUGCCCUGGUCGGAUCAAGGUGGCAAAGAGGGGUGCUUGAAGAACUUGGUUAUACUAAAGAACAAGUGCACAAGUUCUAA